UAAAUCUAACCUCAAAAAUAAACACAUCCUCUUUUCAAAUUAUUAUUUUUCCAUUUUUCUAUUAUGAAUUCCCUAAGCCGAACGUGGGGCCCAUUAAAAUCCUUAAGCAGAUCAGCCGGCUACAUUAUCAAAAGAAAUGUAUCCUCCACUGAAGAAUAUCAAAGACAAGGCGAAAUUUUCGCCUACGAACAAAAAAAACAAACAGAAUCAGUUGGCCGAAUCGAAAAAAUCGAAGUCCGAUAUGAGGGCCAACCAGAAAACUGUAUUUUUACCAUGAACAAAAACAUAUCGACCCCCUAUGAUUGCGCCAAACAUUUGGGUGACAAAUUCCGUGAUAGAUCGGCAGUGGCCCUUUUAGAUGGGAAAACAUUAUGGCACAUGCACAAACCCCUACCUAAUUCUUGCACCCUUGAAUUACUCCACUAUCACAUUCAAAAUCCUAGUGCAGUUAACAAAGUAUUUUGGAGAACUUGCAGCUUUUUACUGGGAGCAGUGGCAUCAGAUGCAUUUAAAACAAACAUUGGACUGCAUUUGCAUAGUUUUCCAAGCCCUAGUGUUAAAUCUGGAAGUUUCAUUUACGAUAUCCAAUUAGAUUUGGAAAAUUGGCAACCCACAAAACCAGAACUCAAAGUAUUAUCUUUAGAGUUUAUUAAGUUGUGCCAGAAAGAGUUGCCUAUUGAAUGCUUAGAUGUAGACAAGGACAUGGCAUUGGAAAUAUUCAAAAACAACCCUCAUAAAACAGAGCAAAUUCCAGAUAUAGCAGCACACAAUGGGGAAAAGGUGACUCUUUUCAAAGUGGGUCCUCAUAUUGAUAUAAGUAGAGGCCCCAUGCUACCAAAUACCAAUCAUGUAGGAAGAGUUACAGUGACUAACAUCCUUAAAUUGGAUACAGACAUCAAAGGAGCUCCUGUUUAUAGAUUCCAAGGAGUGGCGUUGCCCAAAUUUAUCACCUUAAAUCAUUUUGCCUAUGGGUUGAUUGAGGAAAGAGGUAGAAUUUUGAAUUCUGGCAGAAUACCAGGUGAUUAUGAUAGUUUGAAUGAAGAUAAUAGUUUUUUAGCACAUGCUAGUCAGUAAAUAAAAAUUAAAUAAUUGUU